CGGAUUAGAACUCCACCCCACCUCCCCCUUUUUUUUCUCUCUCUCUCUCUCUCUUACUUGUUGAUAUAGUUGUUCUCUUUGCUGCUUCAAUUUCACCUUACGCUCGUAUGGGUUUGCUCUCCCUCUGAGACAUCAAAAGAUUAGAAGAUCGUAUUUAUUUCUGGAACAAGUGUUUUCUUACGGGUUGUGGGGUUUCUAUACUUACUGCUACGUAUUGAUGAUCCUCUCCAACUGGGUGGUUUGGUAGAGGUGAGAGGGGAGCGAGCGAGAGUGUAAUAAAUCCCUGAAAGUGUUGUCGGCGCAUGGUCACUUUCUGUCGGCAUUCUGUAUCCAGCGAUGAUACAUAGCGAGAGAGUGAGUGACUCGGAGCAUUUCCAUUAAUUUAUUCGGAAGUACAACAACACAGUUUGAUAGAGAAAGUAGUUAGAGAGGCUUACUGGGUAUUUUUAUUACCAUUGCUUGGAGGGCAGCUAUCAUCUGCAUCAUCACUCCCGGAAGAAGCAUAUUGAUUUGGACCUGGGCUGGGCUAUACCAUGCUUUGUCUUUAUACCAACUGGGACUUCAAAAUUCGGUCUUGAUCACAACUGGAUUUCUGUGCUUUUUAUCCCCAACACACAUUCUGUUUUUCUUUGAUUUGGUAGAAGAGUACUAGGAGUAUCUUCUUGAUUUGACUGCUGCCUUUUUGGCGUUGGAUAGAGGAUUGUGGAUGAAUAUUGAUUUGGGUGGUAAUGGUAUUAGAAGACUCUUUCGUUUUCCCUCUGGCAAAUGAAGCUGCGGUUCAUAGAGAUCUGGCUGCAUUACUUAUCUGGGAAUACAGGUUCAACAAAUAAUUAUUUGUGUCCCAAUAAUACUCUAGAGCAUAGCUGAAGUGGCUCCCAUUACAGAUGUCAGGUCAUCUUGCAGCAAUAACAGCAGGUGCUGCAGGAGCGGUGGCAUUGGUGGGGAUAGUUAUCUUCUUCAUAUGGCUCUGCCUAUCUCGCAAAAGAACCCCUACAAGAACUUCAGAGACAGGGUCCUCUGAUCCGUCUGUUCAAGUGGAAAGAAAUGUUGGUUUUGAGCUGUCCUUUCGUGAAACAAGGCGUUUUGAGAUGGAAGAAUUGUCUCUUUCCACAAAACAAUUUAGUGAUAAAAACCUAAUCGGGCAAGGAAAGUUUGGGGAGGUAUAUAAGGGUUUGCUUAAUGAUGGGAUGCUAGUGGCUAUCAAAAAGCGACCUGGAGCACCUAGCCAGGAAUUUAUCAACGAGGUACUCUACCUUGCACCUAUUCGGCACCGGAAUCUUGUGACUCUGUUGGGCUAUUGCCAGGAAAAAAAUCAACAGUUUCUCAUUUAUGAAUACAUACCAAAUGGAAGCGUUUCCAGUCACUUGUAUGGCACUGGUCAACAUUCACCUGAAAAGUUAGAAUUCAAGAAUAGAGUUUCAAUUGCUCUAGGGGCAGCUAAAGGUUUGGCUCAUCUUCACUCCCUAAGUCCGCGUUUGAUACAUAAGGAUUUCAAGACAUCCAAUGUCCUCGUUGUAGAUAAAAAUUUUACAGCUAAGGUUGCAGAUGCAGGACUUCGUAAUUUCCUUGGAAGAGUUGAUAUUGCUGGCCCAUCUUCUCAAGUGACAGCAGAUGAGAUAUUCCUCGCCCCAGAAGUGCGAGAGUUCGGUCGAUUUUCUGAAAAGAGUGAUGUGUACAGUUUUGGAGUAUUCCUCGUGGAAUUAGUAAGCGGGAGGGAAGCAUCGGAAUCGCCUUCUUUUGACUCAAAUCAGAACCUGGUUGAAUGGGUAUGCAAUUGUGUUCGUACAAUAUUGAUACGCUGUUCAUGCACCAAGGUACAAAACAAUCAAGAAGAUGGCACCUUUUCCAACAUCAUUGAUCAAAGAUUAGAGGCUACUUUUACAGCUGAAGGUAUGGAAGAGGUUAUAAAACUGAUAGUCCGAUGUGUGGAAGCUUCGAGUGAGAGGCGGCCUGCCAUGAGCUAUGUGGUAAUGGAACUUGAUCGGAUACUCGAGAAAGAGAUGAGCUUAACGGGCGAAGGAACCCCAACAGUGACCCUCGGAAGCCAGUUAUUCCGAGCUACAAAAUAAAAGAUACUUGUAUGCAACCCUGAUGCCGGGAAUGAUAUAUUGCGAAAACACUUCAUUUACUUUCUAUUCUUUAAUUUUUAAUUUUAUUUUUGAAACAUGGAAAAAAAAAAAAAAAAUGGAAUAGCUGUUUGUUAGUCUUAAGUGUAUAAAGAACAGCUCCGCUUCUUGUAC